UUUAGUAACUUCAUUCAUCUUUGCCGAGAAUGGGCGGUUCGUGAGUUGACGUGUUUAGAUGCGAUAUUGUUUUUAUUUGCGCAGAAGUGUUUUGUCGGUGAUAAUGUGUUUAGUUUGCAUUGGAAAGUUCGUUGGUUUCGUGUGAUUUGUUAACUAUAGACGGAUGUGAAGCUUGGGACUUAAACUAGUGGAACUUCGAGUCUGGCCACCAUGCCGGGUCUUAUUGGUAUUGGUGAAUUCAUUGAGGAAACUCGAGAGGAUUACAGUUCACCUACUACUUCUACGUUCGUAUCUCGCAUGCCACAAUGUCGUCAGACCAUCAGUGCUUUAGAAGAGACGUUGGAUUUCGACCGAGAUGGCCUAACGAAGUUGAAAAAGGCGAUAAAAGCAAUACACAAUUCUGGAAAUGCUCACGUGGACAAUGAGAUGUAUCUCUCCCGGGCGCUGGAGCGUCUCGGAGGAAACGCUCUCAGCAAAGAUUCAGAGCCAGAUAUCGGAGCUGCAUUCUUCAAAUUCGCUGUUGUCACCAAAGAACUGUCUGCACUCAUGAAGACAUUGAUGCAAAAUAUAAAUAACAUCGUCAUGUUUCCCGUCGAUAGUCUUCUAAAAGGUGAUCUCCGAGGAGUGAAGGAGAUCUGAAGAGACCGUUUGACAAAGCAUCCAAAGACUAUGAGUCAAAGUACCUGAAAAUUGAAAAGGAAAAGAAAUCCCAGGCUAAGGAGGCUGGUCUCAUCCGAAGUGAAGUGACACCUGCGGAAAUAGCAGACGAGAUGGAGAAGGAGAGGAGAUUGUUUCAGUUGCAAAUGUGUGAGUACCUGAUAAAGUUCAACGAAAUAAAAACGAAGAAGGGGAUCGAGCUACUCCAACACUUAGUGGAGUACUAUCAUGCGCAGACGAACUAUUUCCAAGAUGGCCUCAAAACAAUCGAGCACUUUGGUGUGUACGUCGCAGAUUUGAGUGUACAACUGCAGAAGAUUCGGCAGCAGCAAGACGACGAACGACGGAGGUUAUUAGAGCUCAGAAACAUGCUGCGAGCAGCUGCACCACAAGACAGAGAGGUGGUGUCAUCUGUCGGUGGCUACUCUUUGCAUCAAAUGCAAGGUGACAAGCAGCACGGAGUCAGCCGAGUGGCUACCUGCUCAAGAAGUCUGAAGGCAAGGUGCGCCGCGUUUGGCAGAAACGCCGGUGUCGAGUCACUGCGAAGGUUUCCUGGAUAUCUUCCACGCAGACGAGAACAAAACUCCGGCGAGGGUCAACCUCCUCACAUGCCAAAUUAAAGUAGCAGCAGAAGACAAAAGGGCGUUUGAUCUAGUCUCAUAUAACAGAACGUACCAUUUCCAAGCUGACGACGAGAAUGAGCAGCGAGCGUGGACGUCAGUGCUGGUAAACUGUAAGGAGGGAGCUCUAAUGAGGGCCUUCCACCAGCAGGCCGGUGAGACCAAUGACUCCGGACACUCGCUGCUGGACCUGCAGCGCUCCAUCAUCCGGGCCGUCAGGGCCAUGCCCGGCAACCAAGUGUGCGCGGAUUGUGGCUCUACUAAUGAUCCGACGUGGUUAUCAACAAACUUCGGUAUAAUAGUGUGCAUAGAGUGUUCGGGCAGUCACCGUGAGUUGGGCGUGCAUAUAUCGCGCAUCCAGUCUCUGACACUGGACAGACUCAGCACGUCACAACUGUUGCUUGCGAGGCACAUGGGGAACCAGAUGUUCAAUGAGAUUAUGGAGAACACACUCGAUGAACGGGAUAAACUUACACCUGAAAGUUCCAUGGAGGAGCGACUAAGGUUUAUCCGCGAGAAGUAUGUAUACCGAGCGUUUGCGGCUCAGACAUGUUGCGACGCGGCCGAGCGACUGUCGGAGGUGGAGCACGCCGUCAAUAACGGACACUUGCAGAACUUACUGCAGGCGUACGCUGAGGGAGCCGACCUAGCUGCACCACUGCCUGGCUCGGAUCUCGGUGAAACAUCACUCCACUUGGCGAUAUCGCGUGAGAUUGGCGAUGGAUCUUCUUUACAUAUAGUCGAUUUUCUAGUCCAAAACGGUGGCUCGCAACUGUUGGACAAGCCCAACUCUCAGGGUAUGACCGCGUUACAUUUAUGCGCUGCCACCGACAGAACUGAACCUAUGAAGUUAUUGCUCAAGGCUGGGGCUGACUCCACUAUCAAGGACGCUACCGGCAGGACCGCCUUGCAGAUAGCGAGGCAAUAUGGACACUUAGGAUGUUUAGAAUUGCUGGAGAAUGUGGAUAAACGAGAGAAGAGCAUAUUUGAGAAUAUCAACAUAGACUGGAACUUAUCACAUGAUGAUGGCUCAACAGACUUUUCUGACGACGACACUGUUAUUGAUGAGAGGCAAAAUGGCAGUUUAACUCCGGAGAAGAAGUGUCCGCGAUCUCGUCCUCCAUCAUACGCAGGCGGCGCGGUCCUGAGCACGGCGGAGCGCUGCCCGGCGGCGGGGGACUCCCCCGUCCUCCGCUCGCGGUCCUCCACGUGUGACUCGCUGCAUCAUGCGCCGCCCACACCCACCACACUACCUAGGAAACCUAACGUCUACAACAUGGGCAGCCUGAAGAAGCGCGCGGCCCCGCUGCCCCCGGGGGUGUCGCUGGUACCGCCUCCGCAGGCACCGCGCGCCUCGCCCUCGCCCUCCGCGGACAACGCGCGGUCUCUGCACGUUACAGGCGGCGUAGUGAAGGUCCGUCCGGCGCAGCCCCCGCCGACGCCGCCGACGCCGCCGCCCGCGCUGCACAACGGCGCGCACCAUCGAGACGAACCUACACCGCCACCGCGCAAGGUAUAUCUAUAUGUACCACUGUAA